AUGCAACGGGAUUACACAAAUCUGCGUGAUCAGGCCGCCAUUGAGUUAUCUGCGGCCCUGAUUGGAAAAUUAUGCACCGAGGAAACUCAUAAAACAGCUAUUGCUCUAUCUGGGACUCUGGAUGCUCUGGCACUCAAGAUUGCGUCAUUCGUUGUGGCUCAAGGAUUCGUUCUGCCUGGUGCAGAGGGUGAUUUACCACUUCCGGCCCCAGAAUCCGCCCGCCUAGCCCCAAUUUUGCGGGCAGUCAGUGUUACUAUUGAGGGCUCUAAAUGGAGGGCUGAACACUUUUUGUCCUCGCCAGGUAUUACUGUGGUAUUUCCCAAGCAAGUUCCAGACUUUGCGCCGGCAGACAUCAAAAAAGCUCCCUGGGGCCAUACUUAUCUGUCUGGCUCUGCAGUGCCACGUCACCCCGGAGCAAACCCCAUAGAUCAGCUUCUGCCCUCAGUCCCCCAAUUACACGCCAAGUCAUCAUCAAACUCUACUAAUUUCCCACCUCUUGGCUACGGGGGCUCACAGCGCCGACCCAGCCAUUCCUUCCCAACAGCAUUUUCACUCCCCGAAACACCUGUCCCGGAAGACGAUGAGAACUCUAUUGUGCCAUGGCUCAUCUACAUUAUCCGCUUAGAAAGUGGCAUGGUGCGAUUGAUGUCUGCCCGUCUCGUCACUGCGCUCUAUCGAUUAGGGCUCACCAAGAAGCACAGAGUUUCGACCUUCGGUUAUCUGUUGAUCCCUGCUUUGGUUGAGAUGCUCAAUAAGGAAUUCCGCAUAUCAGAAGAGGAUGGCACUAACUACGAUGGACUGCUCCCGCCGAUCCAACGCCUCAAAGAAGAGGCACCGGCAGUGCUAGCCAACUUGGUUAUUGACGACCAGGAGCUGCAGAGACAUGCAGUGGAAGGUAAUGCGUUAAAGAGACUAUCACAACUUCUCAAGGAAACCUACAAUCCUGUCCCAGAUAGCAACCGGCCGAUGUGGAGUGCAGAGGAUUCACCGGCCCGAGAUCUUGAAUCACUCCCGUUGGAGUGUCGGCUCGGGCCUUCGGGCUACUCUCCGGCUCUAUGUCAUGUCAUGCGUUACCGGGAGAAUAUUCUCAAGGCUUUGGCAGCGCUCGUUCCAUUCAAGGAUGAAUACCGCAAGGCGAUAUGUGAGCAAGGUGUGGUACCUUAUAUUAUUGAUGCACUCAAGCCACGGCCUAGUGAUGCACCAGCCGAUGCCUCCAUGCCUAAAAACACUGCAGAGGAUGGCAAUCCAAUCCCUACAAUUCUAGCUGCUUGUGGCACAGCCCGGAUGCUGACAAGAUCAGUAAGUGUGUUGAGGACAAGCCUCAUUGAUGCUGGUGUGGCUGAGCCACUGUUUGCCCUCAUCCGACACUCCGAUGUCGAAGUACAAAUCGCAGCUACCGCCACAAUCUCCAACUUGGCAUUGGACUUUAGCCCCAUGAGAGAGUCUAUCGUUUCUGCCAACAUUAUUCCGAUUCUCUGCGAACACGCUCAUUCGCCCAACAUCAAACUACAGAUCGAAUCAUUAUGGGCAAUUAAACAUCUCGUCUAUGACACCACAAUCGACAUCAGAAUGAAGAUUGUCGAGAAUCUUACACCCGAAUGGAUCAUGCAGGUCCUCUCUCGUGAUCCAGUUCGUAUAGUGUCUAGACAGAGUGUGGAAGAAGAGGUAGAUCAGAACGCUGGGAUUGCGAUGGGCCGAUCUAAUUCGGCAGGGGAACAGGUUGACAUCUUGAACCCAAUGGCCGUGUCCGCUCAAUGGGACGAAGAUUUCAAGAUGACGGAUAACAUGCCUUCCUCGAAGAUGAGCCUGGAAAUGUUUGUGCAAGAUGCAAGCCGUCGACGCAAACUUGUUCUGAACGGAUCCCUGGCGCAAACGACCCAAUCUCGCCACGACGACAUUGCCGUCCAGGAGCAAACAUUCGACCUGCUACGCAACCUUACAUGCGGCGACCAUGCAACCGAGAUGAUUGACUACCUCUUCAGAGAGAUGGGUCAGAAUGAGCUUCUGGAUGUAAUCGCUGAAGCUCUCCGACCACGAACCAUCCAGCUUCCUCACCGCCGAGAAACGGGCAGCCAAACCAACCAAAACUUACGCAUUCCCAAGGAAAUCAUUAUCGCAGUCUCUGCGCUCCUGAUUCAUCUGGCAGCUGGACACCCACGCCACCGCCGUGCUGUUACAUUCCACCGCAGCAUAUUGCCCCAUUUGGCGAACUACCUCAAUCAUCCCAACAUAGAUGUGCGACGAACGUGUGUCUGGGUGACUAUCAACCUCGCUUUCGAGGAAGAUCAGAAUGACUUUGAAGGCUGUCGGGAGCGCGCGAUCCGGCUUCGCUCGCUAGGCUUUGGGGAACGGUUGACUGCUCUUCAGGAUGAUGUAGAUCUGGACAUAAGGGAGCGCAUCAAGGUUGUGUUGCAUUUCUUGAGCAGAUUGGCCCCUACCUCGUAA